GGUCCGCAGGCUAGACCGGUGCGUCAGUCAGGCUCGAGACACCCGCGAGAACGGAGCGUUGGGUGGUUGCCUCCCCUUUAGUUCGGUACGUACGUUCGAUGCGCCCCCUCCAUCAUCCCCUGGCCACCUAGCAAAAGUCUUGGGUACGAGGCAGUGUCGCGUAGAGUGUCGUCCGAGGCGUAUUGAGGCCUCUUUCUCUUGGUCUCUCCGAAACCCGGUCUUUGAACCCGGUCCCCGAUUCGAUCCGGUGCUUCGACUGCCCCGGCGACCCUCGUGUUCUGCGACCAGUGCCGGUUUUUCACCGAGGAUCCCGCCGGCGAACCCUGAAAAGGAACAAGCAGAAGGAGGAGAAGAAGAGCGUAGACCGUGCUGUGGCCGGAGGAGGCGGUGGAGACUUCAGCUUCUGCCCAGGUUUUCCGCUUGCGAGUUCCACUGCUCCGGGGCGAAUCUCCCGCAAGGAAGAACCGAGAAGACAGUGGCGGCUACGCUACGCUAGCAGCCGAGUGUCCACGGUGCGACUGUCGGAGGAUCGAGGCGCGCCAUAAUGGCGGAGGUGGCGACGAAGAAGUCGAUCAGCGUCGUAAGUAACAAGAAGAACGAGGUGUGCGGUGUGCAGUCUAACAACGGUUUGCUCGAUUUGGAUAACCUAACCGCCAGUAACAAUCAAUUAAUAUCGUUGUGCGAGACCAACGACGACGAGGACGACCUAAUCCUGACUAACAACACGCGUAACGAGCUAGACACGGACGACAAGAGCCUGCAGGAGCUGAUCGAGAGCGAGCUGGCGCUGCGGAUCAGCUCGAACGCGGAGCAGGACACCGUGGUGGAGACGGACCAGGAAGAAGAGGAUGAGCCCGCGACGAACCAGCCGGAAACGGUGAAGAGGAUCGUGCUGGACAGGCGGCAGGACACCUUCGACAUGAACACGGAGUUCAUCGUGAUGGAGUCCGAGCACUGUUCGCUGAUCGAGGAGCCGUACAGCUACCAGAACGGCCACGUGUCGCCGGACACCAAGAUCACCGGGUCCUCGUACGGGGAGAACGCGAAGCCGGAGCCGAUUCUGACCGGUUUCCGCGAGGAGGAAGAGGAGCAGGUGUUCACCGAGGAGCCGGAAGUUGGCGGCGCGAUCGUCAUCCAGAAAACAGACGCCGACGAGUUCGAUCAGCCGGCUCGCGACGACGGCAGGCUAUUCCACCGGAGCCAGGACGAGGAAGCCUCGUGUCCCGUCGACGAUCCCGUCAGCCGAGCUCCGGACCUCGAAGACAGGCCUUCGGAGAUGCCCCAUCUAGCCGUCGAAUCGGUCCAGGACAUUCUCUCCGACCAGGUAACCUCUGCGACGCCUGUCAUAUGCGUGGACAAGUACCAGGAGGAGGAAGAGGAGGAGGAGGAGGCGUCGGGGAAGGUGCUGGAGGGCGCGGAUCUCUUGCAGACGGAGAUCACUUUGGGCGGUGAUCUGAGCAGGGACACGUCGGACACCUGGUCGGAGCAGGUAACCUUUCAGGAGAGUCAGCUGGCUGGCCAGUUCUCGGACAACUUUGAUCAGACCCUGUGCCAGCAGAGCCCCGACUCCUUUACUGCCAGGGAACUGGAGGACGGGUCGUCUUUGAUUCAGAGCGACAAGCCCGACGAUCCUUUCGAACCCGCGAUGCCGGAGACCGGGAAGGAGGAGGACGCCGAAGACGUGAACGAGCUCCCGGUCGAAGAGGAGUCGAAAGUGUCUCUGGACGACAAGUCGUCCAGCUCGGUCGACGAGAAGAUACCCGAGGAUCCGGAGGAUUGCUCGAUACCCGAGAGGCCGAUCGAUGAGAUCGAAGAGGAGGCGCAGGCGGUGAACGCUGUCGGGUCCAGGAGCUUCGACGACGUCACCUUGAGCAACUCGGACGCGUCCACGGACGCGGCCAGCACUCAGGAGUUCAUAGACACCGAGCGUCGCGUCCUCAGCGAGGAGAACGACGCGGAACGGCUUCGGGAUGAGGUCCUGGGUUUCGAGGGUCUGUCUUCGGAGAAGCCGGAGCCUCCGGCGCGGAGUUCGAUGGACGAGGACGAGGCGGCGAGAGAGGAGGAGGUGAAAGAGGAAGCGAACGAUAACGCGGACGAGCAGAACGCGAUUGCGGAAUCGUCCAGCGAGCUGUCAGUCUCCGAGCCCACGUUCAUCGAGAAGACCGAAGCGAUCGUGUCCGAUGGCAACGCGACCAUCUUCUCCGAGACCAAGUGCCCGGAGACCGGCGCCGACUCCGAUCUCAUCGAGGAGACUGCCGAGACUCAUGAUUUGAACUCUCGCGCGCCCCUAGCCACGCCAGACGACGAGACCAGCGACGUUUCUAACGCGUGCGACAGCGAGAGCCGUGAGGAGACAAUAACGACGACAUCGACCGUGGUGACCUCGUCGACGGCGAAGAGCGGCACCAAGACGAAGAAGAAGAAGAUCGAGGGCGUCGCCGGGAACGAUGCCUCGCCGAACCUCACGCCCCGCACAAAGAAGACCAAGAAGAGCAAGAAGAACGAGCUGGAGAAGGAGAACAUCUCCGUGAACUCUAACUUGCGAGAGCCGAGCAUGCACACCGGUUCCCGGCGAACGCAACCGGAAUCGCUCGAUUUCUCGGCCGAGAACGAUCUGUCGAACGUGAACGUCAAGUCUUUGACACAGACAUAUGUAUCGGAGGCGACUCGCCACGAGCAGGAUCGAUCGAUCAAGGAAAAGAUCGCGACCGGCGUGUCGAUCAAGCAGCUGUGUCGUAGCUUUGGCGACAUCUCGAGCAUGAGCGACGGCGAUCAGACGGCGUACGGGAAAGCGAAUCACGCGAUGGAGACCGAGGAGAAGUCGAGCUUCAAUAAAUUCGACGCUCUCAGCAAGAAGACGGUGCUGCAUGUGCGCUCGAUCGACGCGGGCAAAGUGCAACAACAGCUGAACGCCGCCGUGGGCCAAAAUGGCGACACGAACCCGAACUGUCGCAGCUGCGGCAAGGUCGUCUUCCAGAUGGAGCAGACGAAGGCGGAGGGUCUGGUCUGGCACAAGAAUUGCUUCCGGUGCGUGCAGUGCAGCAAGCAGCUCAACGUGGACAAUUACGAGAGCCACGAGACCAUCCUCUACUGUAAGCCACACUUCAAGGAGCUCUUCCAACCGAAACCGGUUGAAGAGUCCGAGCAACCCGUGCGACCUCGAAAGCCGGAGCUGAUCAUUAGGGAGAACGAGCCGAAAGAGCUGCCGCCCGACGUAAUCAGAGCCUCCGACAAACCGGACCUGGGUCUCGAGGAGCUGUCGAGCCUGAACGUGAAGUCCCGGUUCAAGGUGUUCGAAAAGGCUGGCACAGAGGCGAACGAGAUCGAGAGGUCGCCGUCCCAGGUAGCCGUGAAGAGGUCGCCGAGCAUCCUCAGCAAGCUCGCCAAAUUCCAGGCGAAGGGCAUGGAUAUCGGGGUGGCGGACGAGUCCCUGAACGGGAUCCCCUACGAGGAAUCGAGCGAGAGCGAGGAGGAAGAGGAGCUCGAGGAGACAGAGGAGACCGAGACGGAGAUCGUGAAGGCGAAACGGGCGACCCGGGAGCGGCCGAUCAGUUUCACGAAAAUGGACGACAUAAAGAAUCGCUGGGAGACGACCAGCCAGCAGGGCAGACGCAAGGUGCAGAGGGAGGCCAGGAAAGAGGAGAUCGCGGGCAUCCGUUCGCGGCUGUUCAUGGGCAAGCAGGGUAAAAUGAAGGAGAUGUACCAGCAAGCGGUGGCCGGAAGCGACCGUGUCACGAAGAUCAACCCGGCCGAGGAGCUGCAGAACUCCUCCGCCCACGCGCGUUCCAUCAAAGAACGUUUCGAGAGGGGCGAGCUGAUCGCCGGCUCCGACGACGAGACGGACAACAAACCGAAACCGGAGAAGGCCGACGAGGAAGUGAUCGCGGCAGGCAUCAGCAGGAAGUCUAGAUCCUUGUUCCUGGAGCUGGACGCCUCGGCAGCGAAAACCGGAAGGCCCGUGACCCCGGUGAACCCGAAGACACCCUCAGACACGCCCCGUCGCGCCAGAGACGCGUUCAUGGGUCGUCAAGUCUCGGACGACGUGGUGCGCAGCUCGGACACCACCGAGGAGGUCCAGGUCGAGACCUCGGACAUAUCGAACAAAUUCAAAUUUUUCGAGUCGUACAAGGAGCCGGAAAAACAGCGGAAGCAGUUCCGUAUUACCCCUCCGCGAGACGGUCAAGUCAAGAUGGAUUCCCCCGAGCGCGAGAUCUACCGCGAUCCAGACGUGGUGCGUGCCGAGGACAGGGUGGACGAGGUGGUGCACACGGACACCGCGAGGAAGAUGCUGUCGAUCUUCAGGCAAAUGGAGGAGAACGCGACCAAGAAGGAGGUACCAAAAUUCCCGAAGCCUUUGAAACGGUUCACACCACCCCCGGAGGACAAAUACGAGAAGCCGCCUAUGUCGGGCUCCGAGGACGAGGAGGAGGAGGAGGGCGAGGAGUCGGAAGGCGAGGACAGCACGGAGGAAAGGGAUCCUAACUACGUGCGAGCUUCGGAUAAGGUGGAGGACGAGUUCCUGAAGCAGGCGCAAAAUGCGGCGCGCGCGAAGACACUGUGCGCGAAGUUCGAGCACUGGGACGAAACGGACGCGAAGGCGGUCACGUCGAGCAACCAGCACAUCGCCGAGAUGGAGAUCGCGCAGAACAUCGGCGAACAAUCGAGCAUAGAAUCCGCGAGCAGUCUAAGAGCCCGCUUCGAGUCCCUCGGCUCGCAACAGACUGAAUCCCCGCGCACGACCAAGGUCAAAGUCAAUCGAUUCGUGUAAAGAACCACACGAGCAGCGACGUCGAGGAUCCGAGGAGGAGGAAGCGGACAAGCGAGACGAUCACUCGAGCAGGAGGAUCACCGAGGAACAGAGGAGGAUCGAGGAGGAUCGCGCGCCAACGCAGGAGCAUCACGAACUCUCUCUCUCUCUCUCUUUCUCUUUCUUUCUCUCUCUCUCUCUCUUUCUCUGAUCGUUGGGAUCUCGCGUUGAUCCACGGUGAUGCCACGUUGUCCGGAUCAUUGUGCGGUUUUUACUGGUCUUUUCUGGGUUUUUCUUUUUCUAGAGGUCUUUUCUGACAAGCGUUCUCUUAGCGAAUCUAGCGUUAGGGUUGUGUACAUUGUUGCGUGCGGGGGUACGUCGGCCGUUCUGCACCCGGAACUCUGUAGAUCUAACACGAUGGAAUUGAUGCUGCUCUGGCCGUGGCCUAGAUCUCGCUGCUCCGUUCGAUCUUCGAGUGAUCCAAGAACUGCUGGCUCGGGUCGUCGGCUUCGAUCUUCAGCCAGGCAAUCUGGGUCUCUGACUUAGGCCAUAUUCAGCUAGCUCGGAUCAUUAGCAAAUCUUCGUUGGAUCCGCGAUCCGGCGCUAGCACGCGUCCUUUCACCGGUUCGGAUCGUUUGGCUGGCUCGUGCCUCCAGCUGUAAUCUAGAUUUAUAUAUAUAUAUAUCAGCUAGCUUCCACUAGUCUAAGUUGUUAGCGAAUUGAAAUCUUUAGUCGUACUUGGGUAUUGCGAGCCACGUUGGGUUCUUUAGCUUCCCGGGAUUCUUAACCAGCUUGGACCUCGAAGCAGCUUCGGGUCUUCUAGCUGAUCGUCUUCGGUGUAACCCCGAGUCACCAGCUGGCUCGUGGCUUUGUCUAGUUUUUUGGGUUCUCGGCUAGUCUAGGUCGGGUUUGUACGGCCAAUCGAAGUCUCGGACUUUCGUCCAAGGUGACAAAGUCCUCUCGGACGUUAGCUUGAACGCGGCGAGAUAACUGAGCCCUGCAGCGAGCCCUGGUCCACGCCGAAGCCCACGGUCUAACCGAGCGCGGUGCCUAAACGUUUUCAACGCACGCGGACCGCUCGACGUAUCCGCGUCGCAGCGAGCGUAAACUAUCGGGCUGGACUAACUUUUCGAAGCCAGUCAGUUUUUGCACGAGACCAUUUGUAACCACUAUUUUCGAGGGAGUUCGCGCGAGAGACCGCGAAGGGAACAAAGCUCCAGCGACCUGGAGACGACUAUCUAAAAUCACCCGCCACUCGUGCCAAAUCAAGCAUCCGACACCUCCGAAUUUAACCUGAAAACCCCCCUUAAGGAACCGGCGAUCCCGCGCCGCCAGAAACCGACAAACGAACGAACCAAAAAAAAAGAAAAGAAACAAAUAAAAAGCGUAAUCGGUCGUCGCAAAUUGGUGCCAAAAGUGUCGCGACGGGCUUCGUUCCCUCGGGCGAAAUUUAGAAUCUCUGCGAGUGCCAAGCGACGGGAACCGACGAGGACGAAGAGGAAGGAAGCGUUUCUUCGGAGUUUGUCAGCUACGCGCGAAUUGUGCAGUGACUCAGAGAUAUUUGUUUGUUGACGUCGGGAACACGCGCACGACGACGACGACGACGUCGUGACUCGGGAUAUAAUGUAUCAUAGAAAGACGUCGCGACCGAGAGCAGACGCAGCCGUCUAAUAACGACGCUUCCGCGCGAUUCGAAGAUCGUCGUUCGACGAGCUCGAGCAAACCUGUGAGUCACUGCGGAUGCGAAAUGCGCCGGCAUUUUCGAACGCUUUACAGAGUUUCGAGUCAUUUUUACCGCUUGCUAGACGCAGGACAUCGGGGACCGUCAGCCGGUAGAAAGACGAGUCGGGGAGCAAAGAAUCGCGAGGACCCCUCGCUGCUCGGAAAAAGUUCGCCACGCGUCUUUUCCGCGCGGAAAAGUUCGCGGCACGUUCCUCUCCUAUCGGGAACUACUCGCGGCGGGUUGUCGCAAAAGUUCUCCGAACAACCGGAGCUUGAAACGUGGCAAGCAGACUGCGGAUCCGCGCGUCGGCGACGACGCUGUUCUCGGUUCCGUCUCGAUCGCGAGGGAAACGAAAUAUGAUUAGAGCUCUAUGAAAUAGAGCUCUAAAAUGGGAAUUCGCGCGAUGAAUUCGCAGCGACGCGAUAAUUGUUAGCACCUAGAUUUACGGAGCACGAAAAACAGCUGUUUCAUGUUGAUUUAUAAAAGGUAAUAACGAGACAUUUAUUCUGAUUUUUAGCAAGUGUUACUGCAACGUUUGCCGUGAGUAACGUGUAAAUUAGCGAUCCGCCAUUUUCACGGGUUCCGUGAAUCUAGCGUUAAGCGAAUCUAGGAUCGCGUUGACAGCUUUCGCGACAACCCGGCGUUUUCCGGAGGGGUCAGAGGCGCGUCACAGUUUCGAGCUCCUCGUCGUAUGAUCCAGCCCAGUGAAUUGAAUGAGAACACACAGUUCGGAAAACACACUUGGUUCCUUCGUUAGGGAAUAAAACAGACCGGCCUCUCGAGUCCGCGAGGCGAGCGCCCAUCGAACGAAAUAGGCUUUUUAUAAUUUUUAUAUGGUGUUCAGUGGGUGGACGAUACACGGGGGUGCCUCGCGGUGGUCCUCCGAGUCCUCCGCAGUGGCGUGAACCCGGCGGGAGGGCUGGUAUCGAGUCCUUCAGCAUUGCCAACGCGGACGCACAGUACGCAUAACAUACUCGUAAUACUUACAAAUUAAUAUAUAUAUUAAUAUAUAUAUAAUAUAUUAUAU